AGAAAUGCAGAUCACUUUCUCAAACAGUUGUUCACCAGCUCGUCUCUGACCGGCAGCGGAAGAGUAAAACAGCUGUGAGUCUGCAAGAGGCUGCACUGACAAGUCUACUCCUAAUAAGGUUCUCAGCAUUUCCAAGAGGUCCUAUCUCUACACCCAACCCUGCACCACGUUCAUCCAACAGUCGGUCAAAAUGAAGAAAAGCGACAAGUCUCUGUGUAAGCAGCAGUCCACACCAAGCUACGGAAGGGAAAUUCCGCGGCUUUUCAAGAAGAUGUCAAUGAAUGACGCCGAUGAGAGGGUGCGCUUGAUGGCAGAGAAGGUGUAUGCCUCUGCCCUGAAAAAAGAAGACAACAAGGAUGCUCUGUCAUUGUUCACGGUCCCAGAGGACUGUCCGAUUGGCCUGCAUGAGGACAGGGAGAGGGCGCUGCAGAAGGAGCUGGCUGAGGAGCAGUCUGAGAAGUCUGUUAAAAGGAGGAAGAAUUUCUUGCAGAAGCGUUCAGUCUCUCUGCAGCUGCCUGACGACUGGAUCCGGUCUGCAGCCUCCCCCGUUCCCACCCCAGGAACAUCUGAUCUUUUCCCCUUGGAGUUGUUUCCAGAGUUCCAGAGAGUUACCAUCAGUGGGGAUUACUGUGCAGGGAUUACAGUGGGUGAGUACGAAAAGGCAGCAAAGGAUCUCCUUCAUGCCCUUCGCAUCCGAGAGAAAUACUCCAAGCUGGCAUACCACCGCUUCCCGAGAACAGCAGCUCGAUUCCUUCGUGAUGCUGACAACGUGAAGUGGUCCGAGGAGGAUGAGGUCCUGCCAAACAUCUGGCCAUCACCUCAAGAAGGAGAGGAUCCAUUCUCCAUGGAGGGAAUUCCUGAAAACCUGAACUUUGAGCUAAAGAUGAAGGAUGGAAUAGUUCAUGUGUAUACUGAUGCAGAGGCCCUGAAACAAGACAGACCCCUCAACCUACCCUAUCCUGACCUUGAGACCUUUGCGAUAGACCUAAGCCAUGUUCUGGCAAUGAUAGCCGAUGGCCCAACAAAGACCUACUGUCACAGACGGCUUAAGUUCUUGGCUUCUAAAUUCUACCUGCAUGAAAUGCUGAAUGAAAUGGCAGAGCUGAAAGAGCUGAAAAGUGUCCCACACAGAGACUUCUACAAUGUCAGAAAGGUUGACACACACAUACAUGCCGCAGCUUGCAUGAACCAGAAGCAUCUGCUGAAGUUUAUACAGACCACAUACCAUACAGAGGCGGACCGCGUGGUCUUGGAGAAAGGAGGCCAGAAGAUCACCCUCAAACAAGUCUUUGACAAUCUUCACAUGGACCCCUAUGACCUCACCGUAGAUUCACUGGAUGUACAUGCUGGGAGACAAACGUUCCACCGCUUUGACAAGUUCAACUCCAAGUACAAUCCUGUAGGAGCCAGUGAGCUGAGAGAGAUUUAUCUGAAAACGGACAACUACAUCAAAGGAGAGUACUUUGCCCGACUCAUCAAGGAAGUUGCUGCAGAACUGGAGGAGAGCACUUAUCAGUUCACCGAGCCUCGUCUGUCCAUCUACGGCCGAUCUGCGUCCGAGUGGGAGAGCCUAGCAACCUGGUUCAUCCAGCACAAGGUCCACUCGCCCAACAUGAGAUGGAUGAUCCAAGUUCCAAGGAUCUACGACAUCUUCAGGUCAAAAAAACUGAUCCCAAACUUUGCCAAGAUGCUGGAGAACAUUUUCCUCCCCCUUUUUGAGGCUACAGUCAACCCUCAAAAGCACAAAUCUUUACAGUUAUUCUUGAAAUAUGUGACAGGAUUCGACAGCGUGGACGACGAGUCCAAACACAGUGACCACAUGUUCUCCUACAAAAGCCCGAAGCCUGAGGAGUGGACCACAGAUGACAACCCUCCCUACACCUACUACCUCUUCCACAUGUACGCCAACAUCAUGGUGCUCAACAACCUGCGCAAAACUCCUCAUAGUCUGACUGAAAACUAAACAUGAACAGGAACGGUUCCCUGCAAUCGUUCAUCUCCUCUUCAUCCAGGCCAUCACAGAAGCAUAACCUCUCCACUGCCCUCCGGCAAGCUUCCCUGUCCAUGGUGAUGACCUGGGGAAGGGAAAGGCUUCCUUUGAAGGACCUUGUGGUACACCACCUUGCUGCCUCAAAGGUGUCCUCAAGCAGAGACUUCUCCUAAUCAAAAAUAAAGACAAUAUUAAAAUUACUGCUGUCAAGAGAUUAAAAACAUAUUUUACAUUAAAUAUGUAUGAUCUGAAAGUAAUCUAAUCUUUCAAUUUAAUCUAAUAACUGUACAUAAUAUAAGCCUUAUUUUCAAUGCUAACAGCUAGCCAAACAGCUGAUGCUGUGGUCUUUCCAAACUGCAGCACGGAGGUGCGUCUGAUACAGGAGAGAAGCUGUCAGCAGCCUUGAUACUCAGCGACACACCCAUUACAUCCAAAUGGUAACAAUAACUUUGGAAAAAGUUGCAAGAAGGGUGAAAAAAACGGAGUAAAGAUAACAAGGUCGCUGAAAUAAACACUGCUGCAGCAAAUCUCUCACCGGUUUUGUCGCUGUAACGUCAACCCUUCAACUUAUGAGUUUACAUCAACCCUUCAAGAACAA